AAAAACCUUUAAAUGGGACGGACGGAGUAGUAUACUAAUGAUCAAGUUGCACAAUAUCAAAUUUGGAAAUAAAAUGGAAGUGUUGCUAAUAAAAAAUAAUGAACGAAAAAUGAUUACUAAAUUAAGAAAAGUUAUAUGGUAAAAAGCCCGUAACUUCAUCAACUCGAUCAUUCGUCUACAAAUAAAUUCAAGACUUAUUUAAAUAAUUGCAUAAUUUUAAAAAAAAAAUUAUAUACAAGAAAAAAGGAGUUAUCAAAUAGGACUUAAUCUUGUGGGUCAAACCAGGGCACAGCCAAUCGCAAAUCGUUGAUGCCUGAAGAUCGAAGAUCACUAACUGCUCUUUUCUCUCAGGUUUUGUGCACUACUCGGGCUUCUGUUUUCUUCCGUUUUGACUCGUUGUUUCUCUCUAGGGCAUCCUGGCGCUAGAGUUCUUCUCCGGCGGCGGUCGUUCCGACUGUGGGUCCGGCGGCGGUCGUUCCGACUGUGGGUCCGGCGGCUUUGGCCGAUUUCUUCCUGAUCCGGGUGCUUGGCGUCCUCGUCAGGAGUUUUCUUCUAGUUGAGGGUUCGAAGACGCGGAGUUAGGGCUUUUUGUUUUUAUAGUUUGGAGCAGGUUGUUGGAAUAUUGCUCCCGGGUGUGUAAUGGCUACUAGUUAAUAAUUAAUUGUUGUUUUUAAACUUUAUUUUUCUGUUUGUGUAAAGCCUAUUAUUGUGGGAUUGUUUUAAAAGAUUUUUCUUCUUCUGGAGUUAUUUUAUCUCAAAACCGAUCCUAUUUUGAAGUAGUCAAGUCAGUUACUUUUUCCAGCUCGUGCUUCCUUGUUUUUAGGCCUUCCAGAUGGAGUUUACUGGCUAUAAAAGGGAGCAUAGUUCGUGAGUUCAGGGUGAGAAAAAAUCAAAUCCCACUUUCUGAAAUCUGCUCUAUUCUUUUUAACAAAGGUUCCCACACAAUUGAGGUGUGUGAGUUCCAAGUCUUUUCAGACGAGUGCACGUCUGCGAAGGCGGGUUGCGUUAACCUUGGGGAGCGAACCGCAACUGUCGAUUGCACCCCGGUUGGGCCGGAUUUCGCUUUCAAGGCAGUGGUCAUCUUUUCCACGGUGCAACUUUCAUUGUUUUGAUAAGUUUCUUCUGUUCAGUUUAUUUUCAGUUAAUCAUUUAUCCAACAAUUUGAAAGCGAAAAGCAUAUUACUGUUAGUAAACUGAAAAAUGGUGUUUCCUCAAUCAAAAAUUGUUUUUUAUAUGUCUAAGAUGGAUCAACUUCAUGGUACUAACUAUAAAAGGUGGUCUCAAAAGCUUUUAAUCUUUUUUGAGCAAUUGGAGGUCGAUUAUGGUUUGUUCUCUGAAGCCCCUGUGGAGACUUCAAGAAGCCCAAAAAACCCUGCAUCUGGCGUGGUUACACUUGCAGGUGAUCUGUCCGAGAAGAGUGAAUCUGUUGAGAACAGGCUGAAGUUUGAAAAGGACAAUCGAACGGUCAAGGGGCAAAUUUGCUAAGGAGAUCUGGGACAUGCUGGAGAAGAGGUAUGGUGGUGACGAUGUUGGAAAGAAGAAAUACAUAGUGGGAAACUGGCUUGAUUUUCAGCUUGAUGAUCAGAAACCAAUUAUGGAACAAGCCCAUAAAUACGAGAAUCUGGUGGCUGACAUCGUGAGCGAAGGAAUGAAAAUGUGUGAAGUGCUGCAAACCAAUGUACUACUGGAAAAUUUUCCCAAGUCCUGGAGCGACUAUCGUGCAAAACUUAAACACAAGAAGAAGGAUAUGUCUCUCCAGGAGCUUAUCAGCCACAUACGGACUAAAGAGGCUAAUCGUCUCAAAGAUAAGGCUUUUACUUUAUCUAGUAUUUCUGUUAAAGCUAAUCUUGUUGAACCUUCUGGUUCUCAAAAGAACAUGUACAAGCAUAACCACAAGAAAGAAUCACAUCAGAAAAAAUUUCCUACAAAUAAGGGAGUUGGGCAGAUUCAUAAAGCCAAGGCUUUGUGCUAUGUUUGCGGUAAACCCGGUCAUAAGGCAUACCAAUGCAAAAAUCGAAAAGGCCUGCAGAACGGGAAUAACAAACAUGUUGAUACGCCCACUCCUCAAGUCAACCUUGCUGAAAACGAUGACAUUAUCGCUGUGGUGGUUGUUGAGGCAAAUCUGGUGGAUGAUAAAGGCACCUGGAUACUGGAGCUUCCCGACACUUCUGUUCAAACAAGGAGCUGUUUCACCAAUUCGAAGAUGCUGAAGAUGGAGAGCGUGUCUACAUGGGAAACUCCGCAACUGCUGGAGUUUUGGGUAAAGGGAAAGUUCUACUUAAAAUUACCUCUGGAAAAACCUUAGCAUUGAGUGAUGUCUUGUAUGUCCCCUCCCUUCGUAGAAAUCUGAUUUUUGGUGCUUUGUUAAAUCGGGUGGGUUUGAAAAUUGUGCUUGAGUCUAAUAAGGUUGUAGUCACCAAAAAUGGGGAUUUUGUGGGAAAAGGGUACCUAGCUGAUGGUCUCUUUGUUCUUAGCACGGUUUCAGAUAAUGCAAAAUCAUCACCCUUUUUUGCUUACAUGGCUGAAUCUGUGAAUGUGUGGCAUGGUAGGCUUGGUCAUGUUAAUUUUGGGUCAUUGAAAAAACUCAGAAACAUGCACCUGAUAAAUGUGAAUAAUACAACCAAGCACUCUAAAUGUGAAAUAUGUGUUGAGGUCAAACAUGCUAGAAAACCAUUUAAAGAAAUCACAACUAGACAAACAGAGUUGCUGGAAUUAAUCCACUUUGACCUGGCAGACUUUAAGAACACAGAAAGUAGAGGAGGCAAAAGAUACUAUAUGACUUUCGUUGAUGACUUUUCGAGAUAUGCCAAAGUUUAUCUUUUAAGGUCUAAAGAUGAGGCUGGAGAAAUGUUUAUAAAAUAUAAAGCAGAGGUUGAGAAUCAGUUAGAUAGAAAAAUCAAAAGACUUCGCUCUGACAGGGG